AAGCAACAUCAGAUUCGCAGUUUCACAUCUUCACAUCCCCUAACAAUCUUACACGAAUGCAUAUAAACUCUCCUCAAUUCUCCUUUUGUCCUGUAACGCCUCCACCUUCUCCUCCUAAAAUUUCACCCCCUUUUUCUCUCUCUUUCUCUUACACCAAAAAUCCCUUUUCAUUGAUGUCAAAUCUUAGCAUUGUUAUUUCAAGAAAUUCUUGAAAAGUUUUGAUCUUUGAUAAUUUUUUGUGAUUUUUGAGCCAAAAAAUGGGGAAAGGAGGAGCUUUGAGUGAAGGGGUUGUGAAAAAGAUCUUGCUUUCAUAUACCUAUGUUGCAAUUUGGAUCUUUCUCUCUUUCACUGUGAUUGUGUACAACAAGUACAUCCUGGACAGAAAGUUGUACAAUUGGCCAUACCCCAUUUCACUAACAAUAAUUCACAUGGGUUUUUGUUCUUCUUUGGCUUAUCUUCUUGUAAAAGUGUUUAAGGUUGUUGAGCCUGUGACUAUGACAUGGGAUCUUUAUUGCAAAUCUGUGGUACCCAUUGGUCUUUUAUAUGCAUUUUCACUUUGGUUAUCAAAUUCUGCAUAUAUAUAUUUAUCUGUGUCUUUUAUUCAAAUGCUUAAAGCUUUGAUGCCAGUGGCUGUUUAUUCAAUUGGGGUUAUGUUUAAAAAAGAGAACUUUAAAUCUGAUACUAUGGCUAAUAUGGUGUCUAUUUCUAUUGGUGUUGCUAUUGCUGCUUAUGGUGAAGCUAAGUUUGAUACAUGGGGUGUGAUGUUGCAGCUUGGUGCUGUAGCUUUUGAGGCUACAAGAUUGGUUAUGAUUCAGAUUUUGCUUACUUCAAAGGGUAUUACAUUUAAUCCGAUUACAUCGUUGUAUUAUGUUGCGCCGUGUUGUUUGGUUUUCUUGUUCAUUCCAUGGAUCUUUGUGGAAUACCCAAUGUUAAAGGAUACAUCUAGUUUCCAUUUGGAUUGGUUGAUCUUUGGUACGAAUUCGUGCUGCGCGUUUGCUUUGAAUCUUGCUGUGUUUUUGCUUGUGGGGAAGACAUCUGCUUUGACAAUGAAUGUUGCUGGUGUGGUUAAGGAUUGGUUGUUGAUUGCCUUUUCUUGGUCUGUGAUUAAGGAUACUGUCACCCCUGUGAAUUUGGUUGGAUAUGGAUUGGCUUUCUUGGGCGUGGCGUAUUACAACCAUGCCAAAUUGCAGGCUCUUAAGGCGAACGAAGCGCAGAAAAAGGCUGCACAGGACGAGGAGGCAGGAAGAUUGUUGGAGGAAAAAGAAGGGGAGAAUGGUGCUAAGAAGAAUGAAUCUCAGGGUUGAGUUUACUUCGUGUUAUCCUUAGGUAGGAUGACGUUUUGGGACAAUGGAGGUAACAUGAAGAUCACAUUAUGUCGUCCUUUUUCGGAUGAUUUAGUUUUUGUUGUUGGCUAUACACCUUUUAUAUUAUCUGUUGUUUUUCUAAUUUUAUUUUUCAGUCGGUCAUUGUCAUUCUCACUUCAUGCUGUUGAGGAUCUCAUAUUAGUUUUAUUACUUGUAUUACCAGAUCAUGCAUGUACUUGAGCAUGACUCGAGGCUCUUUAUGUUUAUUUUGACAGAAUAGUAAUACAUGAGAGCUUUUUUCAUAUUA